CCGUCUAUGGACUUGCGAUUGGAUCCAGGUAGCCGGCUUUGCCCUUUCCGCCCCACGCUCUCGUGCACAGUAUAGCUACAGUCACUCCACCCCACACACUCACAGAGGGACGCAGAGAAGCACCAGGGGAGUUAUGGCAAUGGCUCAGGGAAGAGGCAGUGCGGCGCAGGGCUUCACCCUCGGCUUCCUCGUGCUGUGCCUCCUCCUCGGCGCCGACACCGCCGGCGCCGCCACCUACAACGUCGACUGGUCGUUCGCCGCCGGCAGCUGGCCCAGCGGCAAGAGCUUCCGCGCAGGGGACGUCCUCGUGUUCAGCUACAACCCGGCCGUGCACAACGUGGUGGCGGUGGACGCCGGCGGCUACAACAGCUGCCGGGGCUCCGGCGCGACGCACACCUACACCUCGGGGAGCGACCGCGUGACGCUCGUCCCUGGGACGAACUACUUCAUCUGCAGCCUCAGCGGCCACUGCGGGCUCGGGAUGAAGAUGGCCGUCACUGCAAACUGAAGCUAGCUGCAGCUUCCGGUUUCAAAAAAGCUAGCCGCGGCUGCGAUGCCUUCUGUGCGCAUGUGAAAACAUCAAUAAAGUAAGUACUAGCGAUCUAAACACUCUUAUAUUUCUUUACAGAGGGAGUAUGUGAUAGUGUA